AUGACCUCUCGCAACCCUACUUCGUGGGCAUCUCUGCCAGCUGAGCUCCGUCUCAAGAUCCUGGAGCCCAUCAUCCACGAAAAACCCCCUGGCUGGACUUCCCUUGCCUCUGUAUGCAAAGAAUGGCAGCCUGUGUUCGAGAAGGAAAACUACAAAAAGAUCAAGCUCCGGUCGUCACGCCUUGGCGAGUUUGAGUCCAUGGUGCCGCCGCAGAAGAGGCAUCUCAUUCGCCAUGUUUGGCUCGACAUUGAGUUGCGAAGAUAUAGCACAAGAUGCUGCACUAAACGCAACUCACAAUUGAAGACUCUGGGGCCCACUGUGACCAAGGCGAUACGGAGAAUAUUUUCGAUUCUCAGCAACUGGGAGGCGGGGAAUGGAUUGACGCUGGAGCUCAACGUGGUGUGCCCUAGCGACUCGGAGCAUUGGUUCAGGAAUCUGCACUUCUCUUCCGACUGUGUCGAUGACGAAGAAUUGGCAACUCGUGGCGAAGCUGACCAUCACCAUCACGAUCCAAGCCAUGGUUGGCUUCACGGUGCGCAGGUUGAGGCUCCUGCACGCUCAGCCAUGUACCAGCUUUUCCUGCCUAAAUCUGUCCAACGAGUGGUCAUGUUCCAAGAGUCAACCGAGCUCUACAAUGCAUUAUCGUCAUUUGACGGCCAAAGACAACGCCUGGGCCACCACGACAGAUACGACGAGGCCUUUGCCCACAAAAGCUUGGAGCUGCACCAUCUUGCCGUUUCCUUCAUGGUCGAUGCUGAGCAAAUGUUUACGAAUUGCCAGCCGACUUGGAUCUGGCCAAACCUUCAGACUCUGUCGCUCACAUCACUGAUACUGCAAAGUGAUGUCGGAAAGCGCGGGGCGAUUGAAGCUUUGCUUUGUCGGGCUGGAGAGCUUGUGCGGCAAAUGCCCAAGAUGCGAACGCUUGUGCUCUGGAAUGGCGGAAAAGACCAUGCCUGUGCGUUUAUGUAUUGUGUGGAUGAGAAUGACUAUCCGUCCAUCACAUGGCGCGGCACAUGGGACAUGGUGAUGAGCCCUCGUAUAGUUGAGUCGUGGCAGGACGUUGCGUCGACAUUUCCGUCUUGCAGACUUGAUGUGAGAAACGAGCAUAUUGGAGAGACUGUUGGAUCUCAUGGAGAUGCCAUUUAUUAUUUGAGGCUGCCUUUACAGGUUGUUGAACCUGCAUCACUUUGGCAGAUGCGGAGGGAAGCAAGAGACGUGUAG